AUGGAAAGUUGGGAAGAUGAGAUUGGCAGAAGGCAUCUUGUUGAGCUUGACGAGGAGAUGGACGAGGAAUCAGAUGAUUGUGAGUAUGUAAACCCAAGUAGAAUAGAGGCAGAAGAUGAUGUGGAAGAAGAACCCAAUAAAGAAGGGAACGAUGAAGAAGUGUAUGAGGUUGUUCAUAACAUGAGCCACUAUGAUGUGAUGACAAUGCAGUUUGAAACUGUCAAAGAUGCAGAGUGUUUCUAUUUGAACUACGGCAAAGCGAUCGGGUUUGGGAUUAGAAGGGGUUACAAGAAAAAACAUCCAGACGGCUAUGUAAGAUACAGGGCCUGGUUGUGCAACCGUGAGGGCAAGAGAGAUGACAAGCAUAUUGAGCGGCAGGAUCGACAGAGAGAGCCAAAGGCUAUGACUCGGGUAAACUGCAAAGCAUGUUUAAAGAUCAGGUAUGAUUUGAAAAUAAAGAAAUAUGUCGUGUCAGGAUUCAUAAGUGAGCAUACGCAUAGACUUGCAAGCCCUGAGAGUGUCGCUUUCAUGAGAUCCCAUCGUCGUGUCUCUGAUGGUGCUUAUGCCCAGGCCCACACACUGAGAAGGAUUGGUGUGGGUGCAAGUCAAAUAGUUAAGCUGUUUGCAUUGCAAGCUGGUGGGUAUGGGAACAUAGGAUUUACGCCUAAAGACCUUUACAAUAAGCUACAUAGCAAGCGGAUGGAGGAGAUUGCCGGAGGUGAUGCUGAAGCUGCACUUGCAUACAUGGCAGGUAAGAAUGACGGUGACCUGAAUUUUUAUUUCAAAUAUCAGUUGAAUGACGAAGGUCGGUUGAUUAGGCUAUUCUGGGCUGAUUCACGUAGUCGUGAUGACUACCGGUGCUUUGGCGAUGUGUUAGUUUUUGAUAGCACGUAUAAUACAAAUGAAUACGACUUUCCACUUGUGGUUUUCUGUGGAGUGAACAAUCACUAUUCGACGUGCAUUUUUGGAUGUGCUUUACUGGUUGGAGAGGGAGACGAUGCCUAUGAAUGGGCUAUAACGACAUUUUUAGAGGGUAUGAAUGACAAGAAACCAUGCUCCGUUGUAACUGAUGGGGAUAAAUCAAUGAGAAAGGCAAUUCAAAAGUUGCUGCCUAACGCCCGACAUAGGUUGUGUAGUUGGCACUUGGAGUGUAAUGCUAACACAAACGUUAAGGACAAGGCAUUUCUUGAUGCAUUUAAAGGAUGCAUGUUCAUGAAUUGCACGCCUGACCAGUUCGAGUUGAAAUGGAUAGAGAUGGUGAAAAAAUUCGACUUGACCUCCAAUGCUUGGGUUCAGAAAAUGCAUCGAAGAAAAGAAUUGUGGGCAAUGGCAUACCUGCGGGGCAGUUUCUUUGCUGGGAUGCGGAGCACCCAAAGGUGUGAAAAAAUGAACCAUGUAUUGAAGAUGUAUUUGACACCAAAAUUGAAAUUGUAUGAGCACAUUCGAUCAUUCGAAAUUUCCAUUGCGUGGCUGAGACAUGAGGAGAGUAGAAAUAGAAGUGAAACAGAGCACACAGAUUUACUUCCAGCAACGAAAAUGCACUCCCUUGAGAGGCAUGCAGCUGAAUUAUACACGAGAAAGACAUUUUUAAUGGUUAGGGAAGAAAUGAAAAUGCAAGGCAUGUACUGUAGGUAUAAUGGGAUUGACGAUGGGGUCCAAUGUAUCCAUUUUCUUGAACACUCUUACUUGAAGAUUGAGUAUAGAGUUCAAUACAACAGGUUUACCGGGGAGAUGAGAUGCUCAUGCUUGAAAAUGGAAACCCAGGGCCUACCAUGUUGUCAUAUGUUUCGAAUAAUGCUGUUUGAACACUUGGAUAAGAUUCCAGAAAAUUGUAUAUUAAAGAGAUGGACCCGUAAGGCGAAGGAGUGUUUGAUGUUAGAGGAUGAUACUUCAAAUGGUAGCAUAAGGUUGACUGAGAUGGCCAGGUACGCGAAACUUAUUUCUGGAUGCAAUAACUUGUGCUUUCAUGCGGCAAAAACAUUGGAGGGAUUCCGACGCGUAGAGGAUAUGAUUACAACUGAGACAGUCCACGUGAAAGAAGUGCAAUUGAGAGCUGAAAAACUUCCCAUUCAAUCGAUGACUCCCACUGUGUCAAAAAAAUUUGGAGUCCUUGACCCACCUUCUGAUAGGCAGGCAAGAGGUGCAGUAGCAAAGGGAAAACGCAGACAGCAGGAGCAUAGGAUGUGCGGCAACUGCAUGUUAUAUCUAUUGCCAUGA